CUCGCAACUCUCGCCAUCCCACAAACACACAAAACACUCCUCUCCUCUCCUCUCACUCGCUUUAGCCACUAUAAGCUCUCUUAUCAACCACUUAGGGUUUCUUUCGUUUUCUUGAGAGAGAGAGAGAGAUGGCUUAUUCAAAAAGCUCUGCUUCUCUAGCCAUCUUCCUCACCCUCAACCUCCUCUUCUUUGCCCUAGUCUCCUCCUGUGGGACUUGCCCUGGCCCAAAGCCCAAGCCCACCCCCAAGCCAUCCCCAAGCUCGGGCCCAUCCACGGGUGCAUGCCCUAGGGAUGCCCUAAAAUUGGGGGUGUGUGCUGAUGUGCUGGGGAACCUGCUCAACGUGACUGUGGGCAAACCCCCAGUGACCCCUUGUUGCUCUCUCCUCAAUGGCCUCGUGGACCUUGAAGCUGCGGUUUGCCUUUGCACUGCCAUUAAGGCCAACAUUUUGGGCAUCAAUCUUAAUAUCCCAAUCUCUCUCAGCUUGCUCCUCAAUGUUUGCAGCAAGCAGGUUCCUCCUGGCUUCAAAUGUGCCUAAAUUACAAGAAAGACACACCUCUGUUCAUGUUUAUGUUUUGGUUUCUCUUGAGGGGUUGUAACACGUUGAGCUUCCUGGGAAAAGUUCCUGUGAGUGUGUGAGUGUGUGUGUUUGUUUUGGGAGAGGUGGGGGUGGGCAGUGUAAGUGGCAACUUCUUGUUUACAUGUAUUGUUCUUUGUUGGGUGUGUGGGGGCAGGUUUCAGAAGGAAUUAUUUACAGUUCUCAUUUAUGAAGUUUGACGGUGUAAUUUGUUUAGAAGCGGGUAUUAUCAGUCUUCCUUAUUGGAAGAAACCUCAAUUCCAACUUCUCUUUUUACCUU